AUGGCGGCUGUAGUGUCCACUGCGGGAUAUAGGUUUUUGAUAGCAGUUCUGGACAGAAUGUGUCCAGGUGUGAAGGAUGUCUUACCAGCAUCCCUCCACUGCAGCAACACUACAACUCCAGGAUCUGAACCUCCCACAACUACUACAUCUUCAACAACUGAAUCUCCCACAACUAUUACAUCACCAACCACUGAACCUCCCACAACUACUACAUCUCCAACAACUGAAUCUCCCACAACGACCACAUCUCCAACAACUGAACCUCCCACAACUACUUCAUCACCAACUACAACUGAACCUCCCACAACCACUAUAUCCCCAACAACUGAACCUCCCACAACCACUACAUCGCCGACUACAACUGAACCUCUCACAACUACUACAUCUCCAACAACUGAACCUCCCACAACUACUACAUCAAUCACUACCACUGAACCUCCCACAACCACUACAUCACCAACUACAACUGAACCUCCCACAACUACAACAUCUCCGACAACUGAAUCUCUCACAACUACAUCAUCCACUACCACUGAACCUCCCACAACUACUACAACUCCAACAACUGAACCUCCCACAACCACCACAUCUCUAACAACUGAACCUCCCACAACAACUACAUCACCUCCCACAACUGAACCUCCCACAACUGUUACAUCUUCAACAACUGAACCUCCUACAACAACUACAUCACCCAUUACCACUGAAUCUCCCACAACUACUACAUCAUCCACUACCACUGAACCUCCCACAACUGCUACAUCACCAACUACAACUGAACCUCCCACAACCACUAUAUCCCCAACAACUGAACCUCCCACAACCACUACAUUGCCGACUACAACUGAACCUAUUACAACUACUACAUCUCCAACAACUGAACCUCCCACAACUACUACAUCACCCACUACCACUGAACCUCCCACAACCACUACAUUACCGACUACAACUGAACCUCACACAACUACUACAUCACCCAUUACCACUGAAUCUAGCACAACUACUACAUCUCCAACAACUGAACCUCCCACAACUACUAAACCACCAACUACAACUGAACUUCCCACAACCACUAUAUUCCCAACAACUGGACCUCCCACAACCACUACAUCGCUGACUACAACUGAACCUAUCACAACUACUACAUCUCCAACAACUGAACCUCCCACAACAACUACAUCACCCACUACCACUGAAGCUCCAACAACCACUACAUCACAGACUACAACUGAAUCUCCCACAACCAAUAUAUCCCCAACAACUGAACCUCCCACAACCACUACAUUGCCGACUACAUCUGAACCUCUCACAAUUACUACAUCUGCAACAACUGAAUAUUCCACAACUACUACAUCACACACUACCACUGAACCUCCCACAACCACUACUUCACCAACUACAACUGAACCUCCCACAACAACUACAUCAUCGAUCAUAACUGAACCUCCCACAACUACUACAUCUCCAACAACUGUACCUCCCACAACAACUACAUCACCAACUACAACUGAACCUCCCACAACUUCUACAUCUCCAACAACUGAAUCACUCACAACAACUACAUCACCCACUACCACUGAAGCUCCAACAACCACUACAUCACCGACUACAACUGAAUCUCCCACAACUACUACAUCUCCAACAACUGAACCUCCCACAACAACUACAUCACCAACUACAACUGAACCUCCCACAACCACUACAUCACCCAUUACCACUGAAACUCCCACAACUACUACAUCUCCAACAACUGAACCUCCCACGACAACUACAUCACUGACUACAAAUGAACCUCCCACAACUACUACAUCACCGACUACAACUGAAUCUCCCACAACUACUACAUCAUCCACUACCACUGAACCUCCCACAACUACUACAUCAACUACAACUGAACCUCCCACAACCACUACAUCUCCAACAACUGAACCUCCCACAACUACGACAUCACCAACUACAACUGAACCUCCCACAACAUCGAAAACUACAACUGAACCUCCCACAACCACUACAUCUCCAACAACUGAACCUCCCACGACAACUACAUCACUGACUACAACUGAACCUCCCACAACUACUACAUCUCCAACAACAACUACAUCACCGACUACAACUGAAUCUCCCACAACCAAUAUAUCCCCAACAACUGAACCUCCCACAACCACUACAUUGCCGACUACAUUUGAACCUCUCACAACUACUACAUCUCCAACAACUGAAUCUUCCACAACUACUACAUCACCCACUACCACUGAACCUCCCACUACCACUACAUCACCAACUACAACUGAACCUCCCACAACUACUACAUCUCCAACAACUGAAUCUCUCACAACUACUACAUCACCCACUACCACUGAACCUCCCACAACCACUACAUCACCAACUACAACUGAACCUCCCACAACAACUACAUCAUCGAUCACAACUGAACCUCCCACAACAACUACAUCACCAACUACAACUGAACCUCCCACAACUUCUACAUCUCCAACAACUGAAUCACUCAUAACAACUACAUCAACCACUACCACUGAAGCUCCAACAACCACUACAUCACCGACUACAACUGAACCUCCCACAACUACUACAUCUCCAACAACUGAACCUUCCACAACAACUACUUCACCAACUACAACUGAACCUCCCACAACUUCUACAUCUACAACAGCUGAAUCACUCACAACAACUACAUCACCCACUACCACUGAAGCUUCAACAACCACUACAUCACCAACUACAACUGAACCUCCAACAACCACUACAUUUCCAACAACUGAAGCUCCAACAACUACUACAUCACCAACUACAACUGAACCUCCCACAACCACUACAACACCGACUACAACAGAACCUCCCACAAUCACUACAUCUCCAACAACUGAACCUCCCACAACUACGACAUCACAGACUGCAACUGAACCACCCACAACGACUACAUCACCCAUUACCAAUGAAACUCCCACAACUACUACAUCUCCAACAACUGAACCUCCCACGACAACUACAUCACUGACUACAACUGAACCUCCCACAACUACUACAUCACUGACUACAACUGAAUCUCCCACAACUACUACAUCAUCCACUACCACUGAACCUCCCACAACUACUACAUCAACUACAACUGAACCUCCCACAACCACUACAUCUCCAACAACUGAACCUCCCACAACUACGACAUCACCAACUACAACUGAACCUCCCACAACAUCGCCAACUACAACCGAACCUCCCACAACUACUACAUCUCCAACAACUGAACCUCCCACGACAACUACAUCUCCAACAACAACUACAUCACCGACUACAACUGAAUCUCCCACAACCACUCUCACAACUACUACAUCUCCAACCACUGAAUCUUCCACAACUACUACAUCACCCACUACCACUGAACCUCCCUCAACCACUACAUCACCAACUACAACUGAACCUCCCACAACUACUACAUCUCAAACAACUGAAUCUCUCACAACUACUACAUCACCCACUACUACUGAAGCUCCCACAACCACUACAUCACCGACUACAACUGAACCUCCCACAACAACUACAUCAUCGAUCACAACUGAACCUCCCACAACUACUACAUCUCCAACAACUGAACCUCCCACAACAAUUACAACACCGACUACCACAGAACCUCCCACAACCACUACAUCUCCAACAACUGAACCUCCCACAACUACGACAUCACAGACUGCAACUGAACCACCCACAACGACUACAUCACCCAUUACCACUGAAACUCCCACAACUACUACAUCACCCACUACCACUGAACCUCCCACAACCACUACAUCACCAACUACAACUGAACCUCCCACAACUACUACAUCACCGACUACAACUGAAUCUCCCACAACUACUACAUCAUCCACUACCACUGACCCUCCCACAACUACUACAUCAACUACAACUGAACCUCCCACAACCACUACAUCUCCAACAACUGAACCUCCCACAACUACGACAUCACCAACUACAACUGAACCUCCCACAACAUCGCCAACUACAACUGAACCUCCCACAACCACUACAUCUCCAACAACUGAACCUCCCACGACAACUACAUCACUGACUACAACUGAACCUCCCACAACUACUACAUCUCCAAUAACAACUACAUCACCGACUACAACUGAAUCUCCCACAACCAAUAUAUCCCCAACAACUGAACCUCCCACAACCACUACAUUGCCGACUACAUUUGAACCUCUCACAACUACUACAUCUCCAACAACUGAAUCUUCCACAACUACUACAUCACCAACUACAACUGAACCUCCCACAACCACUACAACACCGACUACAACAGAACCUCCCACAACCACUACAUCUCCAACAACUGAACCUCCCACAACUACGACAUCACAGACUGCAACUGAACCACCCACAACGACUACAUCACCCAUUACCAAUGAAACUCCCACAACUACUACAUCUCCAACAACUGAACCUCCCACGACAACUACAUCACUGACUACAAAUGAACCUCCCACAACUACUACAUCACCGACUACAACUGAAUCUCCCACAACUACUACAUCACCCACUACCACUGAACCUCCCACAACUACUACAUCAACUACAACUGAACCUCCCACAACCACUACAUCUCCAACAACUGAACCUCCCACAACUACGACAUCACCAACUACAACUGAAACUCCCACAACAUCGCCAACUACAACUGAACCUCCCACAACUACUACAUCUCCAACAACUGAUCCACCUACGACAACUACAUCACUGACUACAACUGAACCUCCCACAACUACUACAUCUCCAACAACAACUACAUCACCGACUACAACUGAAUCUCCCACAACCAAUAUAUCCACAACAACUGAACCUCCCACAACCACUACAUUGCCGACUACAUCUGAACCUCUCACAACUACUACAUCUCCAACAACUGAAUCUUCCACAACUACUACAUCACCCACUACCACUGAACCUCCCACAACCACUACUUCACCAACUACAACUGAACCUCCCACAACUACUACAUCUCAAACAACUGAAUCUCUCACAACUACUACAUCACCCACUACUACUGAAGCUCCCACAACCACUACAUCACCGACUACAACUGAACCUCCCACAACAACUACAUCAACUACGACAUCACCAACUACAACUGAACCUCCCACAACCACGACAUCACCGACUAUAACUGAAUCUCCCACAACCACUGAACCUCCCGCAACUACUACAUCACCAUCUACAACUGAAUCUCCCACAACUACUACAUCAUCCACUACCACUGAACCUCCCACAACUACUACAUCUACAACAACUGAACCUCCCACGACAACUACAUCACUGACUACAUCUGAACCUCCCACAACUACUACAUCUCCAACAACUACAUCACCAACUACAACUGAACCUCCCACAACUACUACAUCAUCCACUACCACUGAACCUCCCACAACUACUACAUCAACUACAACUGAACCUCCCACAGCCACUACAUCUCCAACAACUGAACUUUCCACAAAUACGAUAUCACCAACUACAACUGAACCUCCCACAACCACGACAUCACCGACUAUAACUGAAUCUCCCACAACCACUACAUCUCCAACAACUGAACCUCCCACAACUACUACAUCUCCAACAACAACUACAUCACCCAUUACCACUGAACUUCCAACAACUGAACCUCCCACAACUACUACAUCUCCAACAACUACAUCACCAACUACAACUGAACCUCCCACAACUACUACAUCACAGACAACAACUGAAUCUCCCACAACUACUACAUCAUCCACUUCCACCGAAACUCCCACAACUACUACAUCACCAACUACAACUGAACCUCCCACAACUACUACAUCACCAACUACAACUGAACCUCCCACAACCACUACAUUACCGACUACAACUGAACCUUCCACAACCACUUCAUCUCCAACAACUGAACCUCCCACAACUACGACAUCACCAACUACAACUGAACCUCCCACAACCACUACAUCACCGACUACAACUGAAUCUCCCACAACUACUACAUCAUCCACUACCACUGUACCUCCCACAAAUACUACAUCUCCAACAACUGAACCUCCCACAACUACUACAUCACCGACUACAACUACAUCACCCAUUACCACUGAACCUCCCACAACCACUACAACUCCAACAACUGAUCCUUCCACAACUACGACAUCACUGACUACAACUAAACCUCCCACAACCACUACAUCACCUACUACCACUGAACCUCUCAUAACCACUACAUCUCCAACAACUGAACCUCCCACAACAACUUCUUUAAUUACUACAACUGAACCUCCCACAACUACUACAUCUCCAACAACAACUACAUCACCCAUUACCACUGAACCUCCAACAACUACUACAUCUCCAACAACUGAACCUCCCACAACUACUACAUCACCGACAACAACUGUAUCUCCCACAACUACUACAUCAUCCACUACCACUGAACCUCCCACAACUACUACAUCCCCGACUACAACUGAAACUCCCACAACUACUACAUCUGCAACAACUGAACCUCCCACAACAACUACAUCACUGACUACAACUAAACCUCCUACAACCACUACAUCUCUAACAACUGAACUUCCUACAACUACUACAUCACCGACUACAACUGAAUCUCCCACUACUACUACUACUACAUCAUCCACUACCACUGAACCUCCUACAACAACUACAUCUUUAACAACUGAACCUUCCACGACCACUCCCACAACUACUACAUCUCCAACAACUACAUCACCAACUACAACUGAACCUCCCACAACUACUACAUCACCGACAACAACUGAAUCUCCCACAACUACUACAACAUCCACUUCCACCGAAACUCCCACAACUACUACAUCACCAACUACAACUGAACCUCCCACAACCACUACAUCACCAACUUUAACUGAACCUCCCACAACCACUACAUCACCAACUACAACUGAACCUCCCACAACCACUACAUCACCGACUACAACUAAAUCUCCCACAACUACUACAUCAUCCACUACCACUGAACCUCCCACAACUACUACAUCUCCAACAACUGAACCUCCCACGACAACUACAUCUCCAACAAUAACUGAAUCUCCCACAACUACUACAUCACCGACUACAACUGAAUUUCCAACAACCACUACAGCACCGACUACAACUGAACCACCCACAACCACGACAUCACCGACUACAACUGAACCUCCCACAACCACUUCAUCUCCAACAACUGAACCUCCCACAACUACGACAUCACCAACUACAACUGAACCUCCCACAACCACUACAUCACCGACUACAACUGAAUCUCCCACAACUACUACAUCAUCCACUACCACUGUACCUCCCACAACUACUACAUCUCCAACAACUGAACCUCCCACAACUACUACAUCACCGACUACAACUACAUCACCCAUUACCACUGAACCUCCCACAACCACUACAACUCCAACAACUGAUCCUUCCACAACUACGACAUCACUGACUACAACUAAACCUCCCACAACCACUACAUCAGCUACUACCACUGAACCU